AUGGGGGCGCCAGUCAACAUCGACGUUCCGAAGCUGAUACUAGACAACGGAGGGGGGCUGAUCAAGGGAGGCAUCCUGCCGAGGUACUCCCAGAUGAGUGACUCCCAGUGUAACGAAAUAGAACCCAAGUUUAUCGUGCCCAAUUGUGUCGGACAGGUGAGAAAGAAAAAUAUCAUUCAUAUAAGUGACAGCUGCUAUAGCAUAUGCGAGUACUUCUGUCACCGGCCCCAUGUGGAUGGCCUGCUACUAGAUUUGGAGAUGCAAACGAAGAUCUGGGAAAAGCUCUUCUCAUGCAAGCAGACUAUUGGCUUUAAAAUAAACGACAUGGGGAUCUGCAUCACGGAGUCUUAUCUCACCCCAGCCUACAUAAGACAGGGAGUUAUCGAGCUGCUUUUUGAGUACUUUAAUUUUAAUCAGAUUAUUAUUGUCUCCUCUCAAACGAUGCUCCCAUUUUCUUUCAUUGGACUUAACUUGGGACAGUAUGAUAUCUUAAAUCCUCCUAUUUUUUCCUUGCCCAGUUCGAGGGGCAGGAGGGGGGAAGCAUCCAAGAGGAGGAGGAGAGGAGGAGGAAGUAAAUCCAUCACCAGGAGAAGCAGCAGUACGAAGGAGAACAUAAAAGGGGAGGGGGAGGCAAGUUAUCCUAAUGAUCAUGCCGAUUUGAAGGGCGAGGCGGAUAAGUGGACCUCCGCUGAGUUCCUGGACGGGUGGGAGGAGGAAGAGGCAGCGAUAGCAGGAGGAGUAGCGGGAGGAGUAGGACUAGGAAUGUCCAACAGCAGCGACAUCUUCAGUGAGGUGAAGAAAGAGCGGAAUGGCUUGACGAACGGGUUGGGAAGCGGAUUGGGAAGCAGCAUGGGGAGCGGUUUCGGAAGCACCAUCCCGCACGACACAUGUAGCAAUACUUCUCAGCCGAACGAUGGACUUGGGCAGGAGGACCACCCCGCGGAAAACAACACACUAACCAACAGACACAUCUUCGUAAAAAACAUCGAAUGCUACAAUAAGUAUACCUACCGAGUGUACCUCGAGGAGGGCUUCCGAGGGGAGAACUGGCAAGAGUACCACUUUGGUCGCUUCUUCAACUGUCGCGCUGGUUGCUUCCCCAACAAUGGAGUGGUACGCACCCUUCAGAGUAACAGCUACCUAGGAAACAACUUCGCCGUCCAGGACCCAAAUUUUUUACUUCCCGAUCAGAUAGAUCUCCAUCACACAUACUACGAACCAAACGUUAGGGACCUCCAUACCUUCCAAAACCAUUUUAACACCACCUAUGUGGACACCUUCUACAGUGAAGUAAUCAACGGGAAUUACAAUUUAUCUCUCAGAAAUCCCUGCGCUUUGUACGUUGAUGUAGGGUUCUCUCACACGUAUGUGUUGCCGUACAUAGAGUAUAAGGUGAUUGAAUACGCCAUCUUAAGGACGAAGGUCUCUGCGUCGAUCCUGAAUACUUAUUUGAAGAAUGUCCUCUCGUAUAAACACGUCAAUCUGGAACACAAUGAGCUCCUCGUGGAGAACAUAAAAGAGCGGGCCUGCUACGUGUCGCUGGACUACGAACAGGAUUUAGAGAAAGAGAAGAGGCGGCUGGAGGAGAUUAAGCGACAGCGGAUUGCGGAUAAGCUGGGCGCGCGGGAGGAGCUGCUGCGGAAGGAGAAGCAGGGGGAGGGGGAGGCGGCCAGGAUUAGCGGCCAGGUUCGCGUCGACGUUCGCCACGAGGCGGAGGACUUUUGUCAGAAGCGCCUCCCGAGCGGGGGAGAAGUACUCCAUGGGGUGGGCCACGGGAAGGGGAAAAUAAAACUGGAGGGCGUCAAUUCGAAUUGCAAAGACGGGGAGAACAACCCCACUGUGGGGGACUUCACCCAGGAAGAGACUACAGAAGAGACUCCCCAACAUGGUGACAAAAAGAAAAAGCGAACGCAGCCGCACCUCUUUUACAGUUAUAAGCUAAUCGAUUACAACAACGCUACGAAGAGAGAGAUCAGCGAAGUAUAUGACACGCUGAGGACGAACUGCUCCAACGAUUGCAUUUAUGUGGAUUCCGAUUUCGACGACCAGAUGGAGUUUUCUAACUACACGGAGGGUAGUGACAUUGGGAAAGCAGAAGAGAGUAACGAAAAAGAGGGAAAGAAGAAGCUCGAUCAGAGGUGCAACAACGGAAAGGAUGAUAGGAACAGAUACGAAGAAGAUCUACGAGAAAGGGCCUUCCCAAACCAUAUUGGUGUAAAAGGAGGCACACACAAUAGUGAGUCCCAAAACGACAUCAUUAACUUGACGAAUGAACGAAUUGGCAUUCCAGAGGUUCUUUUUAAUCCGAAGGACAUAAAUCUCGAGCACUGCAGCAUUGUUGAGCUGAUUUAUAGAUGCAUCUCAUUACUCCCUAAGGAGAUUCAGAGGUACUUCCUUGCUCAGAUAUACAUCUCAGGUGGUUCUACCAAAUUUAAGAAUUUCAAACACAGACUCUACAAGGAGCUGCGUGCUAUUUUCCCCACAGACUGGGAGAUCAACAUUUACUCUCAUCGGAAUGGUCUCUAUAGCAACUACAUUGGCACAUAUGUCUGGCUCAGCGACCAGAACAUCUAUAACUACAAUGUGAUCACACGGGAGCAGUACUUCAAUCACGGCAAGGGUGGUUAA